AAAAAAAGAGAGAGAUUACUUUUAUUUCUUUCUUCUUUCUUAAGCGCAAUCUCUAUCUGACGAAAACAAGAUGGUACAACAAUACUUUGAUAAAGAACAACUGAAAGACCUGGUAGCUAUAUCAGAUUUUAAAGGGUUUCAACCGGUCAGCACCGACAGCUAUUCGGAUGGUGAGAUCCUCAAGACAAUCAUGGCAAAGGGCGGAAUGAAAAUACUUCUUUUUUGUGCAAUUCAAACUGCCGUCGUCGGAUCGGGCAACAAAGUGUUUGGUGAAUUCAUAAUGAACGGCGAAACAAUAAAUGUGAAGACGAUAUACAAAGAAUUUGACGUAAGAGACGACUUGAGCUUACAAUCCAAAAUUGAUCCAGGUGAAUUGACUCCGAGAAGGCUGCAACGUUUUUAUCGCGUCCAGAUUAACGAGUAUCUACUACAAAAUCCACAUAUUGCCCCGUAUUUAUGGAAAAAAUAUAGUACAUUGAACGAGGAGUUUAGAGCUAUCACCUUCCCUGGAGCAGAAAGUCUUGUCGCGAACAAGGAAGAAGGCUUAUAUUUACUCGAGACAUAUAAAACAUUGGAUAAUCGACUAGAACUCAAUAUUGCCGAAAGGAUCAGACGGGUGCUAUUAGCAAGAGGUAUUAUCACCAUAAAGGACAUUGUAGAAUAGUGAAUUGAAUAGUUUAAGAAAGAUCUUUGACUAUAUAAUAAAAAAAAUGGAUUGAUUUAUACAUGA